AUGUGGAGCGAUAAGUGUCAGGAAGUUUUUGAAAAGAGUAAAACUUUGUUGUUACAAAAUCAAGUAUUAGAAAUUUAUGAUCAAAAAAAGCCAAUAGUAGUAUGUGCAGAUGGUUCACCAUAUGGUGUUGGAGCAAUUUUAUCUCAAGUAGUAGAUGGAGUAGAAAAACCAGUAUUAUUUGCAUCAAGUUCAUUAUCUCCAGCAGAACAAAAAUAUUCUCAGUUACACAGAGAAGCGUUGGCAAUAGUGUUUGCAUUAAAAAAAUUUCAUAAAUAUAUAUAUGGUAACAAAUUCACAUUAUGUUCAGAUGCUCAAGCGUUAAGAGAAAUAUUUAGUCCACAGAAAGGUACAGCAGUGGUUGCAGCGUCCAGGUUACAGAGAUGGGCUGUGUUGUUAUCUAUGUAUGAGUAUGAAUUUCAGUAUAGACCAAGUAAACAAAUGGUUCAUGUUGAUGCUUUAAGUAUAUUACCAUUAAAUACAGGUACUGAUAUAGAAUAUGAUGUUAUUAGUAGAUUAUGUAUAACAAAUAAAUUUAGGUUAAGUACUGCAGAUGUAGUAGAAGCGUUAAAAAAAGAUAAAAUAGUAUUUAAAGUUUAUAACUAUGUAUUACGAGGAUGGCCUAGAAAAGUAGAAAGUGAGAUUGAGUAUUAUUUUAAGUUAAAAGAUAAUUUAAGUACACAGGAUGAUUGCUUAUUUUUUGGGGAUAGGAUUGUAGUUCCAGAGGUAUUAAAAAAGAACAUUUUGAAGAUACUGCAUAAAGAUCAUGAGGGUAUAGUAAGAAUGAAAAUGGCAGCAAGAAGUGUAUUAUGGUGGAAAAAUAUGAAUACAGAUAUAGAAAAAUUUAGUAAAGGAUGUGAAAUAUGUGAUCAGACUUCUAAUGUGAGUAAAGAGAAAGUUAUAUCAAAGUGGCCUAUGGUAGUUAAGCCGUGGGAAAGAGUGCAUGUUGAUUUCUUUCAUUUGGAAGGCAAUACGUUUUUGGUUGUGAUUGACGCAUAUAGCAAAUAUAUAGUAGUGAAACUGUUAAAAAAAACAAAUUGUGAAUCGUUAAUCAGGGUGUUGCAGGAAGUGUUUGAGUUUUUUGGGUUACCUGAAGAGAUAGUAUCAGACAAUAGUCCUCCUUUUCGUUCAUGGUUAUUUAACAGCUAUGGAAAUCAAAGUAAUAUUAAAAUAACAAAAACACCUCCAUUUCAUAGUCAGUCCAAUGGCUUGGCUGAGAGAGCGGUUCAAACUGUUAAAAAGUAUAUCUUAGAUAGAGAGUUAAGUAAAUUGACUGUUAAGGAAAAAGUAGUAAGGUUCAUUACAGUAUAUAAUACUACGCCUUCAACAGUUACAGCACAGUCACCAGCUGAUCGUAUGUUUUCUUAUAAGUUAAGGUCUAUAAUGUCAUCAAUAAAUCCAAAAAGUAAAGUUACAGUAAAAGAAAAAAAUUAA